CUGCUGCUCUCUCCCUCACUGACACACCAAGCUGGAGGCAGAAGGACUCAUUCUAUCACUUCUUGCAACCACUGGUAUUCCACCUUUAUGCCAUCACUCCCCACCAUGAAGGAGAGAAGACUACCCCAGCCUUUUGUAGCGAGGUGUAAACUGGUCCUAGUGGGAGACGUCCAAUGCGGGAAGACAGCGAUGUUACAAGUGUUGGCCAAGGACUGUUACCCAGAGACGUAUGUCCCGACUGUGUUUGAGAACUACACAUCCUGCCUGGAGCUUGAAGACCAGCGAGUGGAGCUCAGUCUCUGGGACACAUCAGGUUCUCCCUACUACGACAACGUCAGACCCCUGUGUUACAGCGACUCAGAUGCCGUGCUCUUGUGCUUCGACAUCAGCCGACCGGACACAGUCGACGGUGCUCUGAAGAAGUGGAAAGUAGAGAUCCAGGACUUCUGCCCGAGCACACGGAUCCUGCUAAUAGGCUGUAAGACGGACCUGCGCACGGAUGUAUGCACACGCAUGGAGCUGUCCAAUCAGAAACAGAGUCCCAUCUCCCAUGAACAGGGCUCGUCCAUGGCCAAGCAGCUCGGAGCGGAGACUUACCUGGAGUGCUCGGCCUUCACGUCAGAGAAGAGCGUCCACAGUGUUUUCCGUACCGCCGCUCAGGCCUGCAUGAACAAACUCCCGCCUGCCAGUAAACCCAGCCCCAUCCGCCGCCUCUCCAAGCGACUCCUCCACCUGCCCAGCAAGACAGAGCUGCUCUCCUCAGCCUUCAGCAAGGACAAGUCCAAGAGUUGCUCCAUCAUGUGAAGACUGCGGGGAUCAUGCUCAUAAAGCAAGGACAAGCAAACCACUGUAUACUGUACGAAGGACGCAGGGUGUGCAAGGGAGAGAGAGCAACGAUGUGGAUUUCUACAAAGCCCCUCUCUCUCCUUUGCAGCCCAAACUCCCUCCACCACUUCAAAAAAACCACGGAUGCAAUCUCCAUAGUCAACUCUGACACUGAACUUUUCACCAUGACCUGUCACCAGCAGUCAGCGCAGGGACAGAGUGAAAAAUGUUUGAGGUUGCAAAAAUUCCUGAUCAAAUUAGAUAAUCCUGUACAAAGAGGGCCUAACCGGCACUUGAAGGUGCAUAGCUGCUCCCCUCACUUAAAGGUGGCUGUGAUGGAGUCAGCUCAAAUAAGGUCAGUGCCUCCUCUCUGCUAUGGGGGACGUGGUUGUAAACACUGCAUUACCCUGAUGAGACCCAUUGGAAAUUCUGAGAGUGGAGCCCUUUCCCAUCCGUCUUUUGAUUUGAAUGUCUCUUUAAGGUCACAACACGGGCUGAGUGACUGGAUGAAAUGUAAAAUCUGACAUCGCAGGAUAUAUGCGGCCUGCGUAAUUUUAAACCGAGGCCCUUGACGAAAAAAGAAAAUUCCUCCAGCUGGAACCCUCGCAGUGUUUCGUUUGGGAAUUAAAGCUGACAGUGGAGAAACAAGGGGUAGAGCGACGGGAGGGAUUUGGCAAGCAGAGUUUUCACUUGCAAAGGCGGUGGGAGGACGACCUGCGAGCACCUCUGAAGGAGCAAUGUGACUCAGCACUCACCUGAGCCACUAAACAGCGUUGGGAUGACUUGCUCUGUCACAAAUGCAAACAGAAUCUGGGCCAUGGACAUGUUUUAUCAGAUCCCCCAUCACCACAGCAGACUCAAUUGUUCAGUGUUAUUAACAAUAAGCCUUGAUUUGAGCAGUGUUGCGUCAAUGAUGCCUCAUCUAACUACUCCCUCCUGCUUUAGCAGCUUAAUGGAUAUCAGUUUUAAAUACAAACAUCUAAAUCAACAUUUCUCAGUCUAUAAAAGAUAAAAACAAAUAUUUCAAAUCGUGGUGGGUUUAUUUUAAUGAGCCAUAAAAGUUCCUUGUUUGAAUCUGCUGCCUCAUGGAUAUUUAAAGAGUAAUAGUUAAUUUGGACUGUCGGUGUCUCGUGAGCUCACCAUGCUUCAACACGCUCCAGGUAGAAACUGAUGCUGCACAACCUGAGUAAUCAUCCUCUCUGUUUCACACUUUUCCAAAGCUUGGCACCUACAUUACUUACACUGCAACUCCCCUGCUGAGAGUUCAGCUGUGGUUUGGGGGCCUCAUGCUCCUAGCAAUCUCAUUAGCCUCUGGGCUCAAAGGCCUAUAUUUUGGGGGCCUCCGGUGUAGACAGCUGAUAUCCGGGCCAAGACUCCAUCUUCCAUUCACCCAAAACUCUGAACAAUCCAACUCGGCUCCUUUUUCACACAUAUUCAGGAUCUGUCUAUAGAGAUUAUGCUAAUAGUGGCUAAAGUAGCCUCGGGCUGCUAGCUUCAGGCAAAGAUGGCUACAGAGUUCUGGUAAAGUUUUUUUUAAGCAUACUGUUCGUAGUAGUUGUAGUAUUAUUCCCCAAGACUGGAAAACCGGUCGGUUUAGAAGCUCCUGCAGCCAUUUAAUGCCUUGAUGCAUUGUUGGCUUUAGAUACCGAGGAUUGGGAGUAGGUCGUUGUACCCAACAGUGCAGAUUGGAGCGAUUCAGUGAUUGAAAACUGACAGAACUAGGGUGAAUACGACUAAGACUAAAUUCCCCUUUCAUUGGACCAUAAGUAUUGUAAUCAACGACUUAACAUCUUUGCUUGAAACCUAAAAAUUCACAUAUUUACCCCAAGUUGUUUCCCGAAUAUCAGUUCAUGUGUUUUUUUGCAAGAUUGGCUGGUUUCAAAACCAGUAUGACCUUUAGCUAAAUCUCUAACCCCAGCCAUAGUAGAUGCUUAACGUGACCCUAACCAUACCAUAACCUAACCAAAGAUCUGAGACUGAGGAAGGUGCUACAGGAACCACAGUGUUAACAGUAAGGAAAGAUUAUCUGAAAGGGGAACAGACUCUGACACAACGCCGGCUCUGCCAUCAUUCCACAAGCGCAUUGCGGACAGCGUCACACCAUCCCGGGUAUUACCACCUACUCCUGGGGCUUAAAAUCUAAUUCCCACCACAUCUGGAUCAUCACCCAAAAUGUCCCUGAGAAGAAGGGCUGGUGGAGCGAGGGUUUUUACAUCGAAUUACAGGCCGGUCCUGAAUUGAGUUUUUUUUUCCAUUUCUCUUUUUAUUUAUUUCUAUGCUUUUAAAAAUCUCUCAACUUCCCUGCAGAGUAUUCCUGACAUUUUCCAUUUAUAACGUUUUUUUUAAAUUUUUUUAGGAUGUUCCUUCUUGCUUGUGGUUGUCUUCAACGGUUUUGUAGCUGUUGAUGUUGCUCUUGUAUUCGCUCGAGUCUUCUGGCAUUAGUGGCUGUUGACAGCUCAGCUAAUGGAGGACUAGAUGAUUUGUAGGUCUGCACCGAGAAGCCCGGACUUCUCUGGAUCUACGGCACACUGGAAUUUAAUGUGUUGCCUGGCAACAGUGUGAGCAGCACUCGUGUC